ACAACGCCACUUUCUUUACACUUAAUUCAAUUCUCCUCCCACUCCCACAGACACACACACACUCUCUCUCUCUCUCGAAAAAUACCUUUUCCGACCGCCAGAUCCACGCGCCGUCGCAAUGACGGAUUCCCCGACCGCCGAGCAACAACCGGAGCCACCACCUCCAUCCACCCCCACCGCUGCCUACCAUCUCCACCCCCGCCGCGAACCCUUCGAGCACGGCCUUCUCCCCAUCCCCAAACUCAUCUUCACUGACGGCACACAGACCCUAUCCCUUCUCAAAUCUACUCUACUCUCCUCCAGUUCCAAUUAUCGAGUCAGCUCCGAAACUCUAUCCCGAGUCCUUCAAAUCCCCAUUGAACAUUCGCGUAUCCUAAUCGAAACCCUAUCCUCCGUUUUGCAUGACGAUUCUGAUCCUUUAGUGAAGGCUAGGACUUCGAAAGAGAUCGAAGAAAUUGGAGCUAAUGUGUUCGAUUUGCUUGUGUUCCUGUAUAUACAGAGUUAUAAGAGAUUGCUGCCUAAAGGGCAUAAGGAUUCUGCUGCUGUCGCUGAUGUUUGGCCGUCGACGUCGGCUUUUGAUGGGUUUCUAUCCGCCCUCUCGCCAUUACAGUUGGUGCGCAGCAAUAGUCGUAGGUCCAUGCCAUCACAAGCUGAUGAAGAGGCACAUCAGCUAUCCUAUUUGCAGAAACACCUCGGAAAUAUUCUUUCCCUCUUGGCGGACUCUGCAGAAGCAGAAGGUGAUGAAUCCCUGGUUUUAUCCAUGGAUAAAUUUGAACAUCUUGGAUUUCUGAUUUAUUUUGGGGAAAGAGGAUCUGAGAGAAUUCCAUUGAGCCAGAAUACUCCAUUUUUCGCAAAUUCAGAUCCUGACAUGCCUGCUGUUCCAGUUCCUGCAUCACAUGUUCUUGAUUGGCUUCUCCAACACAUAUCCUCUACCUUAGAACAUCUUGCUGAUAGAGUUUCUCCAAAAGAAAAUGGGCCUAGUAGUUCUUCUGAUCAGGAUGUUACAAUGGCUGAUGUUGGAACAAGCUCCGUGAAGCCAUCAAGCAGUACUAGAGGUCCAAGUUUCAUUGAGGGGAUCUCUAAAUCAUCAUAUAUAAAGCAAGCAUCUGAUCUUAAGGGGACAUCUGUAAAGGUUGUAAAUUGCCACGAAUCGGUAAUUUACAUUUUGGCACCACUGAGAUAUGCAACAGUCUAUGGGUGCUCUGAUGCAACUAUUGUGCUUGGAGCUGUUGGCAAGGCUGUUAGAGUUGAACAUUGCGAACGUGUUCAUCUGAUCACUGCAUCCAGACGCAUCUGCAUCGUGAAUUGCCGAGAAUGUCUAUUCUUCUUGGGGGUUAACCAGCAACCUUUGAUGGUUGGUGAUAACCAUAAAUUGCAGGUGGCCCCAUUUAAUACAUUUUACUCUCAACUGGAGGAGCACAUGAAUCAAGUUGGAGUUGACCCUAACAUCAACAGGUGGGAUGAACCUGUGGCACUUGGUUUGGUUGAUCCACAUGAUUCAUUAUCCCAUCCUGCUGGUGUCUCAGAUGUUCAAACUGAAUCUGCCACACGCCUAGAUCCCGAUCAGUAUACCCAUUUUGUGAUUCCAAACUGGUUGGGAAGUGAUCAAGCUGGUUCUACAAAAGAUAACCCCUUUCCUCUACCUGAUGCUUACCUAGCGUCACAACAGAAAAAUCACAAAAAUUUGGUGGAAGUCAAGCAUAUCUUGAGGGAAACUCAACUUGAAGAGAGCCGGAAACGAGAGUUGUCUACUGCUCUUCAUGCGUGUUUUAAAGACUGGUUAUAUGCAUCAGGGAACAUCCGGCAGCUUUACUGCUUACAGGGUGAAUAAGUGCUCAGGCCAUACUGGAGCAGAACAAUAGAGAAUAGAGCUAUCUCUCCAGAUUUACCCCUGAAUUUAGGAAUCGACCAGUUGAAGUACCUCUUGUGCAAUUUUUAUUGAUGUUGAAGGCUUCUGGGACUCUGAUGCCUGCCGAGUUAGCUACGUAAAAUUUGGUUCAAAGAUCUGAACUGAGCAUGUAGAUUAUGAAUCGAACAAAAAUGCUAACAUGUUGUACUUCCAGUUUGUUAAUGAGCUAUACUGUAUUUCCAAAAUGAUGCUGUUGGAGAUUCUAGCCCGGUGUUUCCAAGAA